AUGCAUUCCGUAAGCAGAAAGGGCACUAAACCUCUUGCUCAACUGAAGACGAUUCACAACGAACAUUACUCAACGCUUCAGAAUAAGCAUUUGGCAGAAACCGAGCUCUUGAAUGAUCUACGAUUGUUUUGCAAGCAGCGGGCAGUUAUAGAGCGUGAGUAUGGCCAAGCUCUGCAAAAACUUGCAACUGGUUUUCUGUCUAAGAGAGAACUCGGUGCCUAUGUUCCAAAUGAUAAUGGCGUAUCACAUGGUCAAAGCAUUUGGCACGUUUGGCGUGCCUUAUUGGAUGAGUCUAAUAAUAUGGCAUUAUCUCGCCUGAGAUCUUCUGAAACGCAACAGCGACUUUGUCGGGAAUUGAAACCGUUGAAAAUGCAGCGGAUAACUGUGAACAAGCGAGUUUUUGAACAACUACGCAUUCUUCAGAGCGAUCUAGCUGCAUGCGUACAAGAAAUGUCCAAGUCGCACAAGGUGUACGCUGAAGAAGAAAAACAAGCUCAGGUGACACGCCUUAAGACGAUGGCUGCGGAAGAAAAAAUUCACCGACGUUCAACGGACAUUUUUCACUCAAUGGCUCAACUGCACCGCAAUUACGAAAAGCUCCUCAGUCGUCAUCAGGCGUGCGAUGCCCGUUCGGCGACCGCACGCAACGAAUAUCUGUUUCAACUGGCCGCGAUCAAUGCUCACCUGAAACACUACUUCACUAAGGAUGUUCCCAACUUAGUCAAGGUUCUGGAUGGUGACCUGUAUGAAAAAAUUAGUGACGUCCUUUCUUCUUUGUGUCAGACUGAGGUGGAAGUUUGUACUUUAACUCGUGACCGAUUCCAGCGUAUUCUCCGAGACGCCACACAAAUUACGCGCACUUGUGCGUGGGAACAUUUCCUCAAAGUGUGUCCACUUUUCGAUAAAACUGUUCAGUACCAGUUUGAACCAAUCGAGGGCGACGAGACUACUCUGUUACGUUCUCCGGAUGCGAAAGACGCGAGUUUAGAACAAAUUGCGCGCAAAUUAGCUCGGCGUCUCGUUCUCCGUGAACGUCGAAUUACCUCCUACGAGAACGAAUUGAAAACCCUUGAAUCCGGCUGCUUAGCACCUUAUCGCAAUGCACAGACUCUUCCCGGAAGCCCCGAUUUCGAAAAUACUGAUGAGGUGGUGUCCUUUAAUCAGGAGUACGUAGAGCACAAAGCCGAAGAAAUCCGCUUCGCUGUACGCCGCGAGGAGAUUGAACUUGAGAAAAUCGAGGCUUGCCUGUCAUUGCUGGGCAGUUCCUCUGUCGACGUUAAGCGAUACAUCACGGAGGCGCGCGAAACUGCGGAGGUAGCAGCGGCAGCUGCUCUGGCUCAACGGCUCCGUGAGGCGAACAGCGAGUCUGUGCACGAUACGCAGUCUGUUGGACGCCCCAAAACCAGCGGUGAAGGGAGCAUCGACAGCAUGUCAAUUACUGCUGGUCGUUUUUCCGACACCCAAAUGGACUACUGCGCACCUUCUCAGGGAGUAUCAAAUUUCCAGCCUGGCUAUUCCUCCCAAUCCCGUUACUAUGGCGCUUCGUACUCACAUCGUGGAACUUUCUCUUCUCAUAAUUUUGACAACUCCCUCGCAUCACGUCUUUCGGCUAUUGGAUUUGUUGUGGAACCCGAAUCCAAGGCGACCGACGUGAGAUUGAACAAUCAGAAGGGCAACACGUGGAAUUCACGCGGGGCUGCUGGAUCCAUCUCACACGACUACCAAAAUGUGAAUUUAGCCCGCCGCCCAAAAGAUGACUCUGCGGCGGACCAUUUGCAUUCCAGAACUGAGAAAUCCGUUUCGUGCAAUCUCAGUAAUGCACAAUCCAAUGAUAAAAACUCUGGAGACGUUACCGACUUGGAACUGCUUUGGUCGGAGAAUGGAAGUCUACGUCAAGCUAGCGUGCUGCAUGAAUUUCGUGCCAAACGGCCAGAUGAGCUUGAUCUGGUUGUGCACGAAACAGUGGUUCUCUUGGAGUCGGAGGAUAAAAAUGGCUGGAUAAAGGUACGAAGUCUCAUCGACGGGAACGAGGGUUUGGUCCCGAUCAACUUUCUUCGUCUUCACGACUUACCUAGUGGCCCCAAAUCCGACGCUGUGAACAACCGGGAAGUGACAGGAGUGAAAAUCGACCUAGGUCCAAGCGGAGAUGACAAGGCGCCAAAUGAUUCAACGAAGAGCCAUGUAGAAAGUCAUCAGACUUGUACAAAACGUUCCACGCUAGGUAUAUCAGAUCAAACGUCUGCACGUCGACAUCAUCAGUCACCAGUUAACUCGAACGUAAAAAGCGCGCGUAAAAUUCGGACAAGUUCACUUCCCCCUUCGAGCCAAGCGCAGACACUGUCACCAUCUAAACGCCCUAUCGCCCUUGAUACCACAACUAGCACCACAGAAAAUGACGGAACAUCUCGAUCCCCCCUCUGUCCUGGAACAUUCGUUCGUGCCUUGGUCGAGUUUGAAGGCACCAACUCGGAUGAACUACACUUCUGCACCGAUGCGAUCAUUCGUGUUCUAGGUAAAGCUCCCGUGCCGCAAGAUGCCACGAAUGACGGUGUGGCAUCAGUUAACGCCCAUUCCAGUCGGCUAAGUAACUCAUUCUGCUCCGGUGUGGAUGACGGAUGGUUAGAGGGGGAACUAUUGAUUCGCUCAGAAUGUCCUCACUCAACCUUCAAGUAUAGUCGAGUCAGAGGUGUAUUCCCGUCUAUGGUAGUGCAGCCUCUUUCUCCAAAAGAAUCAGAGCCGUGGUUAGCUAUCUGGCGGACUGCUCUUGAUCCAAGCGGCACUUCACAACAGCCAACAGCAGUCGAGGAGCACAAAGCAAAUGGUGCUUAUUCACGCGUCGAGGAAUCGUGUGCUCAGCAACACGUUGCAACAAAUUCUGCGUCGAUUGGAAAAUCCAGUGUGUCUCCUCCUCUCUUUGGGUCUCCGAGCCAAGUUGACAAAGGUGCAUCCAAUGAUGAUUACAUUCAGUGGUCGACAGAUAAACCGCAUGUCAUGGCAUUGCAGAGCUUGGUGGAUGUCAUGUUCGACAGCAGCUUGCGAAAUCCAUCAGAUGAAGAACUGCCAAUAGCUGAACUGUGA